UGUGUCUCGAUAUCGGGGGGUUGACUGUCAUUGUGUUUGACACUGGCAUCGCUAAAUAAUCCAUGUAAAACGCUAGAAAGAACUCGCGUUUUCGACUCUUCUCGGACCUGAAACCAGCGGAUCAACAACUCCGAAAUUGAAGGUAAAGCCGGUAUAGAAAGGCUUUGUGCCCAUGGGCACACGCAGUAGCAACCACAUCAAACAAUCCAGGCACAGCUAGGAGUCCUGAUGUGCGCAGACUCUUAAUCAACCUAGCCUCAUUCAACCCAGAUCAGGGGGACAACGGUCAUGUCGUCGUCGUUGUCGUCGUCGUCGAAAACAAGGACGUGUGACGAAUGUAGGGCACGCAAGAUUAGGUGUAUAACGGACGAUUUUGCAGCCGGCUCUACUUCGAGGUCCUGUAGGGUGUGUGCUCGAUGCAAGAUUCCAUGCAGGUUCGACUACGUCCUGCAAACCCGAGGAAGGAAGAAAGGCGGAAACACCAAGGUGGCCAUCCAACAGGCUCGACCUUACCCUGCACCUUUGCCCGAACGACAAAGCUCUCGUUCCUCGACCUAUGGAACCGAUGCCACGGACACAUCAGCUAUCAAUCUUGAUUUGGCUGUUGGCAGGGAGAGAAGGGAAACGAAUCAUGAUAUCGACACGUCAAAGGCGACGGCGUCAGUCUUGGAAAAUGAUCGCCGAAGCGACGACGACGACCAAGUGCCCCCACCUCCUGCAAGGAGUUCCACCUACUUGCCGCCAGACUUCGGUGGUGUUUCAAAUGGCUACACGGACCAUGAAGAUUCGCCGGUCAGGAAUGCUAGGAACUCAAUCGUUCCUUCCUUCCAUCAAUCGCUAUCGUCACAAUCCGGACUUCAAUUCCCGAACCAGAACACGGGAUCACCUUCAGCAUCGAUCCGGCCGUAUGCGUCAAAAGAUCCACCAUAUCCACCUCCACUACAUGACGACGAUCUGUUCUCGGGGUAUAUCGGACCGUCAGAUAUGCUAGCCCAAAGCUCGACGGCUUCUUGUAUCGGGGACAAUGCCCCUGUCAAUCACGGAUCUCUUGGUCACGACUCCCUUCAAGGAGAUGAGGAAGAUCGGCUUCAGCAUCGGGAUUACUCGAAUCCGGUCGAAGGGCUCCACCAAGCACCUCUUGCAAAGAAGAAUGCAUCACCCCAAAUCGAAGAGAUCGCUCCGUGGUGCGACAUUUCCUACUUCAUCGGACUCUACCUCCGGUAUCAACACGCUCUCAUGCCGUUGGUACACAAACCGACUUUCACAAACGAUAUCGUCUUGAGGAAAGAUCGAAGCGACGAAACUUUCAGAGCGCUGUUGUUGAGCUUGACCGCCUACACGAUCUGCCAAGUCCCACUGCACCUUAUGGAUCCUCCUUUUUCCCAAAGACAACUCGAGAAGUUACAGAACAAAUGCCAUACCGCAUCUAGGGCGAUUCAGGUACGCCACCUGGAGGAACCGAAUAUGAAUAUCGUGGUGACGAUGAUCGCGGAUACCUAUCACUGUGCCGCCACUAACCGUACUCGAUUUCGAGAUGCGCUGAUGGGAACGGCCACUCGCCUCGUGUACACGCUGGGCUAUAAUGUUGUCGAUUCGACGGACAAUCUUAUCGAUGCUGAAUUGAAGCGGAGGAUAUUCUGGCAUCUGUACUGCCACGAAAAGACCGACGCGGCGAUGGGCAGCCCCAUCCUGAUGCACGAUCACGAGGGCGUGCCGCCAUACCCGCUCGAAACCGACGACGAAUUCAUCACAGCUGCAGGAUUCGUCUCACAACCUCUGGCCAGCCUCUCGUAUAUGGUCGGAUACGUCUACAAUAUUCGCCUGUUCCGAUUCCUGUCGACAUCUUUACUCCGCCGUAGACUCUUGGAAUGUGCAGCACAGGGUGAACUGAAUCUCACGUUGGACGAGGGCUGGAACUGGGCCGAGGAGGCUAGACAUAAGAUCUCUUGUCUUCAACGCGAGUUGCCAGUCAAACUCAGAGCUCUGGAACCGGCGCAAUGUUCUACCUCAGAUCAACCGGAUAUAUUCCAGACCCAAAGAGCCAAUAUUGUGGUGACGGCAGCGAUCGUCGAGUUUGCACUGCUCGAUUAUCAAGCCAGCGCUCGACCGCAGUCCAGUCGCAUCGCCGAGAGACAUCGGGUCGCAAGAGAGACGUAUCGCCAGCUUUCCAGCAUAUCUGCUACGCAAUUGGCAUCGAACGGAGAAAGCAUGCGAAGUAAAGUCAUAUCAAUCAUCCUGGUGCUUUUCAACAAUAUAUCGCACGAAACGGACCUCACACAAGGCGACGUGCGUAAUUGGUGGGAAAUGUAUUGCAAAGUACAGUUCGUACAGAUGAUACCCUCGGGAGUCGAAUCCCUUGGACCGAGUCGAGCGCCUUCUCCUUCCAUAGCAAGGCCAGGUUGAGCACAUCAAGGCGAAACAAAGUCAAAGGAGAAACCCAACUCUUUGCCGGAACCGGGACCUCAGGCAUCGGGCGAUCUCAGAGAAAGCCUCAUCGAAUCGACAAUCCCCGAGAGCGAAUGCGACCGUCAUAAAAUGUCAUAUUUCGGAACCCGAUACAACAAUACAAGACU